AUGGCAAGCAGCAAGGUGGACGGGCCGGCGAUCGGCAUCGACCUCGGGACGACCUACUCCUGCGUGGCUGUGUGGCGACCGCUGCACCAACGCGUCGAGGUCAUCGCCAAUGACCAGGGCAGCCGCACCACGCCGUCUUGCGUGGCUUUCACCGAGUCAUGGCGGCUCGUUGGCGACGCGGCCAUGAACCAGGCGGACAUGAACCCUGUCAACACUGUUUUCGAUGCAAAGCGACUGAUCGGCCGGCGAUUCAGUGAUGCGUCAGUGCAAGGAGAUAUCAAGCUAUGGCCUUUCAAGGUGAUUUCAGGUCCUAGUAACCGACCGACAAUCGUGGUGCAGUACAGGGGCGAGGAGAAGCACUUCUCGGCAGAAGAGAUUUCCUCUAUGGUGCUAGUCAAGAUGCGUCAGACCGCUGAGUCCUACCUUGGAACCACGGUGAAAAAUGCCGUCAUCACUGUCCCGGUCUACUUCAACGACUCACAACGCCAGGCCACCAUGGACGCUGGCACUAUCGCUGGCCUCAACGUCAUUCGCAUCAUCAACGAGCCCUCAGCAGCGGCCAUAGCCUAUGGCCUGAUGGACAUGGUGUACGACAACGGUGAAGUGAAGACGGUGCUGAUAUUUGAUUUUGGUGGCGGUACUUUGGAUAUAUCUGUUAUCAAUAUUGACAGGGACACCUUUACGGUCAAGGCCACUUCCGGUGACACUCACCUCGGCGGUGAGGAUCUCAACAACCGGAUGGUGGAGCAUUUUGUGCAGGAUUUUCUUAAGAGACAUAAGAGUGACAUUGGAAGCAACCCGAGGGCGCUCAUGCGGCUGUGGACAGCAUGCGAGAGGGCCAAGAGAAUGUUGUCCUCGACAGCGCAGGCUAAGUUUGAGAUAGACUCGCUCCAAGACGGCAUUGACUUCUAUGGGAGCAUCACUCGUGCUCGGUUCGAGGAGCUCAAUAUGGACCUGUUCCGCAAGUGCAUGGAGCAUGUGAGGAAGUGCCUCACUGACGCCAAGAUGGACAAGUCACAGAUCGAUGAUGUUGUGCUCGUCGGGGGAUCCACCAAUAUCCCCAAGGUGCAGCAGCUGCUCCAGGAUUUCUUCAACGGCAAGAAGCUCUGCAAGAACAUAAACCCUGACGAGGCCGUCGCCUACGGCGCAGCUAUCCAGGCCGCCAUCCUCAACGGGGAGUACAACCAAAAGGCGCAGGACCUGCUCCUACUUGACGUCACGCCGCUGUCUCUGGGGGUACAGACUGGAAUAUAUCGUUGCAUGAGCGUUCUGAUCCCCAGGAAUACCACAAUCCCAGUCGAGAAGGACAAGUUUUUCACUACAUGCAGUGACUACCAGACGGCCGCGCGCAUCCUGGUGUACGAGGGUGAGGCUGCAUUCACCAAGGACAACAGGCUUCUCGGCCAAUUCAUGCUCAAUGGCAUCCCUCCAGCACCGAGGGGCGUGCCAGAGAUCAAUGUGACAUUUGAAAUCGAAGCAAACGGUAUCCUGAAGGUGGUGGCUGAGGAAAUGAAGACUGGGAACAAAAACAAGAUCACCAUCACUAACGACAAUGGUGGGUUGAGCAAGGAAGAGAUCGAGCGGAUGGUGCAUGAUGCUAGCACGUACAAAUACGAGGAAAAGAAGGAAAUGAAGGAAGUAAAGCAGGAACGCUGA